AUGAAAUAUCACUAUCCCUUGCUAAUUAUUGUUUUAGCAUCAACUUAACUCAUAUUUACUUAAGGCCAGUCUCAAGAUGAGUCAUUGAGAAAACUACAAAGCGUUGAUUACGAGUAUGAAGGAACAGGAACUGUUUCUGGAUAGGAUUAUAACUUUAAAGUAUAAGGUACUGCUACCUUACAAGAUGAAAAAGUAUCCGCUGCUGUUUCUGAUGAAAAGGAAAAAUGGGUAAGAAUCGUUGUCGGUAUGACACUUUGCUUUACUGCUUUCUUGACAAUCCUGACUAUUUGCUGCAUAUGGGCCUUUAAGAAAAGAAUUAUUGUCUAUAACAAAGAGAGAAAUGCAGAAGCAGCUUUGAAAAAUGUAAAUAUCAAUAUUCAUCACAUCAAUCAACCUAAUGUGGAUGAGGUAUAAUACGGUGUGCCCUAGAAUAACUCAGCAAAUUAUCCUAUUGUAAUUGGCGAUUCUAGAUCGUAAUAGUAUAAAGUAGUUGAUUAAUAAAACUAGAAAUACCCUGGAUUUAACUUCAAUGUAAACGAAUUUGAAAAUGCUGUUUGA